AUGAAGCUGGCACUCUCCUGGUUUUGCAUUGUGCACUUGGCCCUCGUCAGUGCUAUGUUCUUCACCCGCAACGACCUUCACGCCACCUCCGGCAAUUCAUUAUCGGACAGGAGGGCCCAGGCCCAUCAGAGCGCAGGGGCUUUGAACCAUGGCAGACAGAGACCACUGUUUGCGAGAAGAGGACAGUAUGAACGACAGAGGACUCACAAGCCUAAGCCCAAAGCGGUUCCAGUCCCUCCAAGUGACCUUGCCCCGCCUUCUAAAGAGGCGCCCAAACCUGCGAAGCCAAACUGCUCUCAGCUUACACAAAGCUGUUUGCCACAGUCUGGCUGCUGUGACCCAUGUGCCUCAUGCCGCUGCCGCUUCUUCAAUGCAAUCUGCUUCUGCUGGAAGACAAACCAGAAGAACACAUAG